AUGAGAAUGCACAUGACCUUAUCACGCUGGGAGAAUCUGAUACUGUCAGUUGUGAUUUCAUCCCGUACAGUGGAGCCAUGCAUUGCUAGGCUGCACUGAUGCAGCAAGGCCAGUAUGCCACCUCCCUCGUGAUCGUGAACCGGACAUCUUCUAUUCAUCUCCUGAUCUUAUGUGUUGCAAAAGAAACAGUGGAGUUAAAGAGGAAAGGAACAGCAGCAGAGCAAAGGAAAAGAAAGAAGACCCGCAGCACCAAAAACAAAAGCAAAGGUCCCCAACAAGGCAACAACCACUCAUCAAUCCUCCACCCCAAUUUUUUUCUUUAGAAAAAAAAUCUCUGCUUUGCAACAAGCAAAAUCUCCUCCUCUCAGCCUGUGGCAUCAUCUCAUCAUCUGAUAUCUCUCCCCAUCCUCUCACGAUUCCGGACACCAAGAAAGUACCAUGGAUUGAUCAUAUACACGGCCGUCAUACAUCUGUCUCCUUCCCUCAUCUCCUCACAAUGAUUUGGCCCAGAAACUUGCAGAGAUCCUCUGCUAGUACCUUCCACACAGUCUCAGACUGAACACUAGCAGUGAUGAGGUAGCACUGCACUAGUAGCCAACAUCUGCCUCUGUUCUUGACUUCUUUCUAGUUCUUCCCUCUUUCUCUCUGCCGUUGCAGCUGCGAGAAUUCGUGCUACGAGGCAAUGGCCUCCUCUGCUCCUACCUGGGUCCCUUACGAGCCAACGAGAGAUUGCUCUCAAGGGCUGUGCAGCAUGUACUGCCCCCAGUGGUGCUACUUCAUCUUCCCUCCGCCGCCGCCCUUCGACGUCGCUGGCACCAGCGCCAGCGCCGACGACUCCACUGGCCCUGUCUUCUCCCCGCUCGUCAUUGCAAUCAUCGGGGUGCUGGCCAGCGCCUUCCUCCUUGUCAGCUACUACACCUUCAUCUCCAAGUACUGCGGCUCCUUCAGCUCCCUCUGGGGGCGACUCUUCGGCUCAAGCUCCGGUGGCGCUGCCCACGGCCGCCGCGCCGGCGGCGGCAGCGGCAGCAGCAGCGGUCGCCACGGCCACAGGCAGUCGAGGAGCCACGAGUCGUGGGACGUCUCGCCGCCGAGCGGGCUGGACGAGACCUUGAUCAACAAGAUCACGGUGUGCAAGUACAGGCGCGGCGACGGGUUCGUCCACAGCACCGACUGCUCGGUCUGCCUCGGCGAGUUUCGUGACGGGGAGAGCCUCCGGCUGCUACCCAGCUGCAGCCAUGCUUUCCACCAGCAAUGCAUCGACACUUGGCUCAAGUCACACUCCAAUUGCCCCCUCUGCCGCGCCAACAUCACCUUCGUCACCGUCGAGGUGGCGGCGUCGCCGGAACCGGAGGGCUGUGCUUCUGUAGGCGAGACUGGAGGUAACACACACGAGGUGGUCGUGGUGAUGGAUGGCUUGGAAAACCUGUGCGAAGAGCAGCAGGAGGCAGUGAGCGGGGUCAGCACCACUGGCGAUGAUCAUGGUGUGAAGGACAUCGCAGAGGGGAUGGAGGAGGCCAAUGCCGCAGCCGAGAUCAGAGAAGAAGUCUCGCCGCCGACGAAGAAGGGCUCUUCCUCGUCGGACCUGCACCAUGACAACCGCAUGUGCAUUGCCGACGUGCUGCAGGAAUCCAUGGAAGACGAGCUGACGGCAGCCAGGGAGAGCGGCCUCCUUUCAGGCGGCGCUGGCACGUCAAGACGGUGCCACGGCGAGAACAGCAAGGAAAGGGGACGCAGCAGGCGUGCAUUGCAGCUGCAGGACGCCAUGGACUCGCUGCCGGGGAAGAGAUUGCCCUCCGGUGGGAGAUCCUGCUUCAGCAGCAAGAGCGGCAGGGGAAAAGAUUCAGAUCAUCCAAUGUGAGGCUGUGAGUUCUCAUUUUCUUACUUUAGGAUACUGGACAAGCAACUUUCCUGUUCGUUUGCAUGAUGAGAUGCGAAUGGGAAAAAUUUGCAAGGACAAUCAUCAUAAUCUGGAGAUGUCGUCUUGUGAUAAUGUUGAUCUGCCUCACGCCAUGUGAUGCCACGGCCAAAUCGAUCCUCUGCAGACUGGAGUGCUUGGUUGAAUGGUUGGUAAUGUCUUUUCUGUUCAUAGCUGAGGACCUGGGAGCUGGUCUUUUUUGCUCUGCCAUUUUAUACAUUACAUUGACUUCGCACCGUUCAA